GGCUGCGAGACAAGACCCUGAACGCACUAAUACUAGCAGUGAACUAUGAAAGAACAAUGUAUUGACAGCUAUUUCAUUUUAAAAACUCGAUGGCAUUUCACCGGUAAACAAUGUGAUCAAUAGGGGCAACUAUCCUGUUUCGGAUUGUCAUAACCACAUGGCAAGCAACUUGAAAUUUGCUUUAUGAGGCGCACUAUGGCAUCUCAGUCAAGCUUGUACAAUGAAGAGAGGAACCUCCUUCGGAUCCGAGAGUGGGAAAGGAGAAACCAGGAAUCGCUCCAGGAAAAGGAGUUCAGCCAGGAGAAUGUUCCUCUCUUUGGGGAACCCUACAAAACAAACAAAGGCGAUGAGCUGUCCAGUCGCAUCCAAAGAAUGCUGGGUAGUUACGAGGACGUGAAUAACCCCCACCCGUGUUUGGACAGCUUCACCAAGGACCCUUCCUCCUCCUCCUCCUCCUCUCAUGUCAUGUUCGGACGGUCCUCACACGUCCGACCUGCUCACACGGACAAAGCUAAGCCUCCAUUCCAGGGCCAGAACACUUCCCAGUAUGGGUCGGGCCUCAGCGGUAGCAGCAGCAGCAGUGGUAACCCCAGUAGCAGCCACUCUCCUCAGUCACUGAAGAAGCUUCCUGUCCCUGAACCCUACGGCCCCUCCCCCCGAUAUUCACAACCCUCCCUCGGCCACAGCCAGGGCAGCCCCCCAAACCCCCACCCGAGGAAGGGGGAAGCCUGGGUCGACCUCAGGGAGUGCACCAGCCUUCCUCCGGUGCUGUCCGCCUUCUCCCCCCCGGCCGAGCCCCUCUCCCCCCUACAUUCCAGUGACCCCAGCGACUCGGAGCCCCAGGACACCGACGACAAGGACACCCCCGAGAGGCAUCAGGGGUUCGCCGGGCACCCGGAGUCCCCCGGCAGUGCCAUGAAGUUGUCCCCCCUGGACCCUCAGAGAGACACUGCUCCUCUUCCUCCUCCUCCCCAGGCCAACAAGGGCACCGUGCUUCCUUCACAGACCUUUCCUCCGCCGCUGGCCUCCAAGCCACCGAACUUGGUCAUGCCUCCGAAGCCCACCGCUUACGUCAGGCCCAUGGACGGGCAGGAUCAGGUGGUGAACGAGUCGCCGGACCUGAAGACCUCUCCCGAAGGCUUUCACGGUCAGCCCUAUGAACCUUUACCCGAGCUGAAGACCAGCAAGCCCAGCCUGUCCAAACUGAAGAUCCCAUCGCAGUCUAUAGAGACCCUGUCAAAUGAAGUACAGUGUGUGGAGGAUAUUCUGAAGGAAAUGACCCAUUCAUGGCCUCCCCUGCUGACAGCCAUCCACACACCCAGCACAGCUGAAUCCUCCAAGUUCUCCUUCCCUGCCAAGGAAGCACAGCAUGUUCCACCAGCAUAUCCUGGACAAAAACCCUAUGGCUCGCCUCCAACGGCGUCUCAACAAAGUUCAUCAUGUACGGGAGCAGCAGCACAUUCCAGCGGGGUGGAGUCGGCCAGCUCCAGUGACUCUGAGAGCAGCUCGGGGUCCGAGUCGGACAGCGAGAGCAGCGAAGGCGAGGAGGCCCCGCCGCCCCUGGGCGGCAGCUCGCCUGCUGUCAAGGCUGAGGGCCCCAUGGUGACCAACUGGCAGCUCAACAACUGGAUCCGGGUGAGCCAGCAGAACCCCAGCACAGAGAGCCAGGGGGAAGCCCCCCUCCACAGCCCCGCCCCCAAACAGCCCCCGGGCCACGGGGCGGAGGAGGAAGGGGUCGCGGCGGCCGACCGCGGCCUCGAGUUCAGCGACAAUCAGGCCAAGCCCCAGGCCAAGCGCGAGGGCACCCACAACAACCAACAUGGCCGCCAUAAGCCCCCCGCCGCCGUCGCCUCCUCUUCUUCUUCCUCCCACAACCCCAGCAGCCAGAGGAAGACCGUGGCCAACAAGCACCCCUCCAAACCUGCCAUGUCCUCCCGCCCCGACGACCCGCGGCCUCAGGCGGGCCUGCGGGUGGAGAGCGUGGAGGUGGCUCCCCGGGAUAGAGACCCCUCGUUCACAGACAGGCCCAAGGUGAAGACGAAAAUGGGGCACGGCAAGAGCGGCGCGGGGAAGAUGGACGCCAAGAAGUCGGCCAAGCGCUCCUCCUCGGACAAGCGGAAGGCAGAGGCCGCCUCUCAGGGGCCCAAGGUGAUGCUGGCGCCCGACUGUAAGAGGGAGGCCGACAGGGGGCCUUCCCCCAGCCCCCGUCCCGGGCCCAGCCCCGCCCCUGUGGAGCAGCCCUCCCCGGCCUCUGCCCCGGCCUCAGCCCCCAACCUGGCCCAGACAGCCAAAACCAGCAGCAAAGUACGAACCGAGACCGUUCCCCAGAAUGGGCAGAAGAAGCCGUCGGGGCCCCCCCCUCCCUCCUCGCCAGCCCCCCAGCCUUCGUCCAAGCGGGGGUCCUCCGCCAAGGCCUCUGGGCGCCCUCAGUUCCCCUCCAAAGCCCUGCUGGUGAAGAUCGAGUUGAGCCUCAUCACCAGGGUCCCCCAGACGUCCAAGCCUUCCCAAGAGGGCCAGGACAAACCCAGGCAGAAGAGACCCCCGCCAGAGAGGAGGGAAGUCAACAAGGCCGCACCCAUAACCACCAAAGUCAGCAGAAAGAGGCCGGCUGGCGGUGAGAUCAAAACCCAACCGAAGAAGAAGCCCAAACUGGAGAAGGAGGUGAAGAUUCCCCCCUCGUCGUCGUCGUCAUCAGCAGCCGCCGCCACCGCAGCAGGUCAAACUUCCGUCAAAUCAGUGGCCCACGGCGCUCCCGGAGCGGCGAGGGAGAAGAAGAAGGCGAAGAAGGCCUCCCCGCAGCAGCCCCCCACCCCCCAGGACCCGGGCAAGGCGCCGGGCCAGAAGCGGCCGGCCGAGGACGGGCCCAGCACAGCGGCCCACGCUAAGAACCCCCCCGCCAAGCACAAGAAGAGCUCCGGGAAGCGCACGGAGCACUCCAAGACUGGCAAGAAGGCCCCCAAGACCAGCUUUGUCGUGCCGGCAGCGACCACCUCGCUGAACGGCAGGCCUCUGCUCAAGUUUGAGGAGAGGCAGUACCCAGUAGAGCACCAUAUGAAGGAAGCCAAAAAGCUGAAGCACAAAGCGGAUGAUACGUCUGACAAGGUCGGUAAAGCCUUCAACUACCUGGACGCGGCCAUGUCCUUCGUGGAGAGCGGCAUCGCCAUGGAAACGGACCCCCAGACGCCAAAGUCGGCAUACACCAUGUUCGCCGAGACACUGGAUCUGAUCAGAUUCAUCAUGAAAUUGAAGAACUCCAUGGACCCCUCCUCCCCUUCCACAGAGAGGGACUUCACGGUCUUAUGUAUGAAAGGCCAGUCCCUCUUGCAAAUGGCUAUGUUUCGCUACAAACGAGAACUCGCUCUCAAGUAUUCUAGGACCCUCACCGAUCAUUUCAAGAGCUCAUCAAAGACAGCUCAGGCCCCCUCCCCCUGCAUCUCAAAAGGCACGGGUGCCCCGUCCCCCAUGUCCCCCAUGCCCUCCCCGGCCAGCAGCUCCGGCCCGGGGUCCAACCACAGCGGCGGGGCGGCUGCCAGCAACACGGUGGCCAUCCCCCAGGUGAUCCAGCAGGUGGCGUGCUCCUACGUCAACAUCACGGCCCUCUUCCUCAACGCCCACGACAUGUGGGAGCAGGCGCAGGAGCUGGCGCCAAGGGGCGGUGGUGUGCUGUCGGAGCUGGACUCAGCCCUGGGCCCCCUGAGCCUGAACUCCAGCAUGGUGUCGCUGGUGCGCUACACCCGCCAGGGCCUGCACUGGCUCCGGCUGGACACGCGGGGGACGCAGUGACCGUGCCUCCCACAGGCAUCCCCUCCGUGGACGCUCCACCCCCUCCACCUCCCCUCGGAACACUUCCCGCCAAACCUCACACACUCGCACUGCCUGAGCCUCGCCCUGGACGAGCCCCCCCCCCCCUCCCCGUCCCCGUCGGUCCAGCUCGAUUUCCAAGCGGCGCUCCACUCUACACGGGGGGACGCCGGGGGUCGUACCCGCCCGAUUCUCAGCUUCUGCCCCAUCCUCCCGCUAUCCGCGUAAGGUCGAAAGGUUCACGGCGGCUUGGACCCGUCACAGUAGGUUCCAGUUAUAGCGGACAUGCCGAGUUCCGUAGUUCUGUCGAUUUCCCCCCCCCCCCCCCCCCCCCCAUGGAAGGUUCACCCAACAAAUCCUAUCCUGCCGCCUGAACACCCUGUCCUCUUUCCUUCCCUGGAUUCCGUGCCUGGUCCUGGGCAUCAGUCUGGAGGCAUCCCUUUUUGGGGGACGGUUCUAGAAUCGGGGGGGGGGGGGCAGGGGGGGGGCAGGGGGGGGGGGGGGGCCUGGGCUGGAAGGUCUAGUGCUCCCGAAAAGUUCAGGGAGAAAGUCAGGUGUAAGGCCCGUUAGUGUCUGUCAAGUAGAACAAGGGAAUCAUGUCGGCUGGGUUCCAUUUUUAUCUGCAAUGUUCUUGCAUGUUCCACCUGACUGAAGAGGGCCUGGGUUCUGGUGUGGUGACAGCAGCUUCCCACUCUUCUUCUAUGGUGCUGUGUGAAACCAUGAUGGGACACAGGAUGCUUAUUUAUUAGCCUUAUUAUCAUGAUCUCUUGUUAUCAUUUAUUAUCAGUAGUAGUAAUAUAUUGUCGUUGAUGUGAAAUGAACUUUGUUUGAUUUGAGGGGUGGUCACGGGCAAUGUUUACUUCAUCCAACUGGAAAUGCCUGGAGAACAAAAGUGUAUACCCACGCCAUCUCAGAAUAGUCUGCACUCACUCUAUAUGGCUUUUCUAUCUGCAUCUAUCUGCAAGGGUUCAAAGAAUCUUUCGCCAAAUGCACCGGCCCGACUGUUCUGGAGCUCCGCUUGGACACAAGAUAGGAUGUUUUUUUUUUCCCCUGUAAUCACUAAUGUUUCUCUACCCGUUCUCUUCAAAAGAGAUUGAGUAUACCUUCAAGUACAGGGUCCACUGUGUACAUUUAGACACCCGAUUUUUACAGCAUUCGAAUUGAUUAACUUUUUUUUAUCAAUAAUCAUGGUUUAUCUAAACAAUAAGACAAGAACCCAAGUGGUCUCGCGACCGGAUGUCGACCAGUGAAUCAGUGACACGUUUAUCUACUCAGAGUCAACUCUUAAACUCGCAUGAUGAGAAACCUGAACAUGCAAAGUCAAGCUCACUGAAAGGGAGAGACGACUGUUUUAUGUAGACGGCGAAGAGCUAAUCCCGCCUACGACGGCGCGCACACAAACCUUCGGCCCCCAGUCAGAAGACGACGUCCCUUUUUUAAUAUAUACAAUAUCAUGAUCCCACCCGUAGCUACGUGAGAGUGUUAGCACGUUGGUUUUAGGUUGAGACUUGGUUUCAGGAGACUUGUCCCGACCCCCCAGGCUGUAGCUGGGCGCCUCCCCAGUUUUAGAGACUGAAUGACAUCACGCAACAGAGACACCCGUGCCUUAGAUAUCGGAGACUUGAGCUUGUCAUUAUUAUUAUUGAAUGUUAUAGCCAUCACUAGGAAUCAGCUAGAAAGUCGAGUUGCAGAGACGUGAUGUGAAUGUGAUGGUCAGCGAGGGGAAGGGAAAGUCCAAACAAAUCUGAAGUAUUGCUGCUUUUUUCUUUUUUCUUCUUCUAAGAAAACGACUACCCUCCGUCGAAGCGGAGGUGAAUUCCGUAAUGGCGGACGGAAAUCUCACCUCUGACCUUUUUUAAACCCAGUGCCCAUAAUUAUUGAGUGCCUGUUGACAUAUUAGUCCACUCUUAAGUCUUACUCUUUCAGUGUGCAACGAAUCACAUCCCCAUUUGUGGAUUUAAAGAAUUUAGAUUUCAAUUCAAUUAUGGGUUAGCUAACUAGAAACUGACGGGGCCACUUCUGGGAGGUAAAGAGGGGAGAAGUACCUGAUCAGACUAAUGCAUUUCUUUGAUUAUUUCAUGAGGAUGGUCUUAUCAUGGACUAAUAGGAUCAUAAGAGAUUAACUCCAUUUCCUCUUGGAAAAUCUGACGGUCCACAUUAGCCAUAUAUGUCUGUUCAUUUGAUCUCUGUAAGAUGGGCUUUAUAAUGGUAUUACAAAUGUAUAUUUACAUCAGUGGUUAUUUAUUGUUUAAGACAUGCUAACAAAAAAGUGUUUAUUUUGUAUUUAUUUUUCUCUGAAUCAAACCAAUAUUCUGAGUUCUUUCCCAUACCUUUCCACCAACUAAAAAUGCUUAGGUUAAGGUUAAUGGCCAAUACAUUUAAUUUGCACUUUGGGAUAUUUUCAGUUUUAUUCCGUGUUCGCUGGGAACAGAAUACAACGUACAGUUCUUAAGAAGGGCUAACACGAGUUGGUCUACAUGACUCAGGAUCUCCUGAGCAAUAAACACAAGGUAUUUCAAAUAGUGAAAUGUGUUCGGAAAGAUCGACAAGCGCUGUAGACCACAAUGCGUAGCUUGUAAUUGAGUAAAUCUGUGCCAUUAGUUAUCUGAAUUGUUUUAUUGUUACUAUUCUGUGUGAACGGGGCUCACUGGAAAACAAGCUAUAUUGGAGUUCAAUGAUACAAGGGCUGCACAGGAAAUAAUCACAACAGAACAAUGCGUUUGUGUAUUUAUUUGAUCUAAAAAAUUGAGUACAUUGGUACCUUUAGAUUUUAGGUUUUGUUGUUUAUUCUUUGUUCCUGUUAAGUAGGCUGCUUUACUAGCAAGCAUACUUUGGAGUUUCCUGUUUUCAAUGGCAAUUCUGCACAUGGAUGAAAUUGGCAUGUUGGGAGUUUGACAUUUCUCAGUAGUGUUACAUGCUGUUGUCUUUCUCAUGCUAUGUCAUGCUUCCUUUCAACAUUUUAUUAUGUGCUCUACAUUUGGUAUUCCAUGUGCAACAUGAUCAUUGUUGUCCAUUGAAAAAAAGAUCACACUAAAAGGACCUUCAUAUCUGGUCAUUUACUGGGAAAAUGUGCAGCAAUGUUUUGUAAUUCAACUUUUUGCCUUGUGAAAAUAUGUAAAUAGUUUGAUCUGCAAUGUACAGAGAUGUAUAAAGACUGAUUGGCAGUGAAUUUAGGUUAUCUUUUAUUCUGAGAACUUCCUUGUUUUCCAAAGAAGCUGUCCUACAGACCUUUUGUAGCUUGGCUGCUUUAGCAGAAGAUGAAUUGUUGAAAAUGUUCGCUGGUUCAAAGGUACGUUUCGGCCAUCCAGACCAGAAUUCUGCUGUGUCAUGUUUUGAGGCAAUAAAGUUUGGGGAAUACAA